UGGAAUUGCUGUGCUGGGAAGCUUCUGUGUCUUGAUAUUUUAUCAGCCAUCACUUUUACCAUCCCGUCCCCCCACUUCACCACCUAAAAGUAGCAUGCAUCUUUUUGUUUUCCUUUAUACAUAUAUGCCUAAGCCCUUGGUUUUCCUUCAUGCUAUGCUAAGCUCCCCUUAUUUGCUAGCUGCCAAUUAAACCUCAUUUCCAGUAUUAACUCUGCUACAUACUCUUCCUCCUCCUCCAAUAUCAAUGUCCUUUUCUUUUCGAUUCAGUUCCGAAUAAGGCUGCAUAUAUAUACAUACAUACAUAUAUAUAUAGGUGCGGAAUUAACUACAUAUAUAUAUAUAUAUAGAGUACGUGCGUGCUAGCUAGAAUAAAAAGAAAUUCAUCUCAUAUACACAUUAAAGAUCAUGAAGAAGAAGGUUUCGGCUCUUGUGAAACGGAUCGUGUCCGUUUUAAGUUCAAUAGCUAAAGCCAAGUCCAUGGCCAUCAAGAGCAAAACCAACGCAGUAAAAGCCCGCCUUAUAAUGUUCUCAUUGAUGAAGAACAAGAAGGUCCUUCUGGGUUCACUCUCCAAGAAAGUUCAUAAUCUCCUGCAGGGACCGCAUGGCGACGAUGACGAGGAUGUUAUUGUUGGGGAUCAGCGCAAGGCCAUUAUUCUCUACAAUGCCAAGCCCAACGCCAGCUGGCAGAGCCACACCCACCUGUUGGCCGUGGAUGAUGAUGAUGAUCAUCAUCAUGAAGAUGAUGCAAAAUACCCAGAUCUAAGGCACCGCCUAUUCGAUCAGGAUCAGGAUGAUGAUGAUGAUGAUCUGCAGGAGGGUGGAUCUGUGAUUGAUAUGGUGAGGAAUUCCAAGGAGGAAGGACAGGAUUUCAAGCUGGAAGACGAGAUUGAUCAUGUUGCGGACUUGUUUAUUAACAGGUUUCACAAGCAGAUGCGCAUGCAGAAGCUCGAGUCCUUCAAAAGGUUCCAGGAAAUGCUCGAGAGAAGCCUUUAAUUUCUUCUCUAAACUGGCUUAUAUAAGCAGGCCUUCCCAUACCAUCCCAGCCCAUCCGUCCCAUCCCUCCUUAUUACUAUAUAUAUAUAUAUAUAUAUAUAUAUAUAUAUUUGGUAUAUUGGGAUAUUAAUUUGUUGAUUUGGUGGACCUCUUCUCUUCUUUCGUUUCUGUAUCGUACGUAUUUCUUAUGUUAUGACUUGAAGAUAUUAACUAAUAUGCAUGAAUACAUUAAACAUAUUAUUAUUACUCGAAUAAUAUGUUUCUGCAGCUUUCCUUUC